UCAUGGUAUUCAGAGCCACAAUGGCUCACGCCACCUCGAUUCGAUCCUAACUAGCACGGCCCUAUGCUGUCCCUCCUUGUCUUCGAAGUCUAGCCCUUCCUUAGGCUACUUCCCGCGCCCCCCGUGCGCCCUUUCUCGCCGCGCUAUUCCGUCGCGCCCGCUCUUCCUCCCGUCGCGCGCCUUUUUGCCGCGCCCGCUCUCCCUUCCGCCCUGCGCUCCGCGCACCUAUCCUUCUCCUCCUCCUUUCCCUUUUCCUCCUCCUUUCUCUUUUCCUCCUCCUUUCCCUUUUCCUCCUCCUUUCCCUUUUCCUCCUCCUUUCCCUUUUCCUCCUCCUCCCCCCCCCCCCCCCCCCCCCCCUUCCUUCCCCUCCUCCUCAAUGGCGUCCGAUUCCUCCGUGGACUUUACCUCCGUCGACGCUCUUGAGCUGCUGCCCGACAACACCGCGGUCAAUUGGCAUUCCUAUGCCCAAACCGUCACGGUGCUUCUCUCCUCGGUGACGGUCAACGGCUACAACCUGAAAGCCGUUGUCCAUCUCGAGGAGCGCGGUCUUCAGCCUGCCCAGCCGGAUGCACCCGCGGGCCCUGCACCUCCUCCUCCUGGCAAUCCUCCCGUCAGCCCCGGCGAUCCUCCAACCUUCGCCCCUGACGUCAACGACCCUCAGAGCUCCGAGACCGCCAUCCGCACCUACCGUGCCGGCCUCACCGACCACGUCCGCCAGCAGCUGCUCUUCGAGGCUUCCCGCGCCGAGCAUGACGCCGCCACUGCCGCCUACAACACGUAUCAGGCGGCGCUCGCGGAGUACGUCAGUCGCGAGCGCGCAUACAUCACCGACCUCGCUGCCUGGCGUGUCGCUGACCGGCGCGCGCUCACCAUCCUCCUCGCCACCAUUCCUCCCACCCUCAAGCGCGAGCUUGCUCCCACCUCCUCCUCCCACCUCUGGCGGCUCCUCACCGAUCUCUAUGAUCGGCAGGACGUCGCCACCCUCUACUCCCUCAUCAAGGAGUUCCAGAGCCUCACCAUGGACUCUACCACCGGCGCAGCUGCCUUCACGCGUCGCGUCCUCGACCUCGCUCGACGCCUGGCGGCUCUUGGCGUACCGUACCCGGACCCUGUGCUCUGCUGCCACCUCCUUGAAGGCUUGACUUCUGCCUUCGACACCCAUAAGAUCGCCUACAUGCAGCUGAUCGACAAGCGCAUCACCCCGGCUGAAGUCGCCCAGUGGAUUAUCACCACCGAGGCCGACCUCCUGCGCCAUUCCUCCUCCACUGCCGCUGUUGCUCAGCAGCGCAACACCAGGGGAGGGCGUGGGGGAGGGCGUGGCGCUGGUCGUGGUGGUGGCGCGGGUCGUGGUACCAAUGGCGCAGGACGUGGUGCAGCAGUCGCCUUUCCUCCUUGCCAGUAUCUUCCUCGCUAUGGCCCUACGCGGGGUCAGCGCUGCGGCCAGACCACUCAUGCCACUGAUUCUUGCUUCAAAGCGCUCAGUGAUGAGUGGUUUGCCCGCGGCAACACCGGCACCCCCCCCCGCUGGUCCUCCCUCUCCCCUCGCCCCACUCCUCAGGAGGUUCGUACCUCCCCUCUUUUUCAGCCCGUCUCCUCCCCCUUGGCCCACCAGGCCAUCUCUCAGCAACAGCAGCAGCAGCAGACACCGCAGCAGAUCCUGCCGCAGCCGUUUCAGCAGCAGCAGCAGCAGUUCCAGCAGCAGCAGUUCCAGCAGCAGCAGCAGCAGGGGCAGCAUCACCUCUUCUCCCAGUUGCAGCAGCAGCUCCACCAGCUCCAGCAACAGCUUGACCUCCAGUCGCAGCUCCCCCUUGCACCUCCUCCUAUGGCUCCCCCCCAGCAGCCCUACCCCGCUUGGACCGCCGGCACCGCCGCUUCCGCAGCUCACCUCUCGGGCGCGUCUCCCGCGCCCUCAGCCACAGGCAGUGUGACUCCCUUCCCCUCCUCUGGUUUUGUUGGCAUGGUUAGUCAGGCUGGAACCCCCGCCCCUUCCAUGUAUUCGGCUGCUAUUAAUGAGAAUGUGAUUCAGUACUCCGUCCCACCUCCUCCCCCACAUCCUCCCCCCUCCACCACGCUGGACUUUGUCCUUGACAGUGGAGCCAUCGAGUCCGUCCUUCGUGAUGCUGGUACCCUUCACCCUCUCCCAGCCCCCACCUCCCUCCUUGGUGCCGAUUCCAGCUUCUCUAUUCCCUGUCGCCACACCUCUACCCUCCCCUGUCCCCUCUUCCCCUCAGGUACCGUCACUGGUUUACACAUCCCCUCCCUCCGUACUAACCUCCUCUCCCAGCGAUCCCUGCAGCAGGCCGGUAUCACCACCGUCUUCCCAGGUCGCGCUAAUCACUGCCUCCUAUACCAUCCCACAGGUCGCCUCCUCUCCCGUAUUCCCUUUUGUCCUCGCUCCCGCCUAUAUACCCUUCGAGUUCCUCGUCUUCCCUCUGCCCAGGCAGUCUCCCGCUCCCUCCUCCCACCUCACAUCUCCCCCCCUCCUCUCCCUCCUUCUAACCCAACCAUUCCCCCCCUCCCCCCUGACCCAACCUGCUCCUGUCGAUCCCUCUCCCAUCCCACCGUCCUCCUCCACCACAGGCUUGGUCACCCCAACUUUGCCACCCUCCGCUCUACCGUCUCCUCAGGUCUCCUUCGAGGUCUUCCCCUCACCCUCCCUCCCCUCCCUCCCUCCCUUGCCCCUCCCUGCUCCGUCUGUGUCCAGAGCAAGCUCAAGCAGCUGCCGCAUCGGAGUUCCCCCUCCGCUGCUGCUCAGCCGCUUGAUCUUGUUCACAUGGACCUCUGGGGCCCCAACCCCUCCCCUUCCCGCCAGGGUCAUCGCUACAUGCUUGUUCUGGUCGAUGAUCACAGCCGAUAUUCUUCCGUCUCCCUUCUUCGCUCGAAGGGUGACGCUCCGACUGCGAUCAUCGCCUGGCUCAAGCAGGCGAGCACCCACUUUGGCCGCCCUGUGCGCCGCCUUCACUCUGAUGGCGGUGGCGAAUUCCUUAAUCGUCAGGUAGCCUCCUACUGUGAGCUUCAUGGCAUUCGCCAGACUCACACCCUCCCCCACUCCCCCCAGCAGAACGGUGUGGCCGAGAGCCGUGUUCGGGAGAUCACCAAGAUUGCUCGGUGUCUCCUCGUCCAUGCCUCUUGCCCCCAUUCUCUGUGGGGCUAUGCCCUCCUUCACGCCACCCUCCUUACUAACCUGUACCCCCACCCUAUCCUUCCCUCCACCACUCCCACCGAGCUCUGGACGUCGGCCAAGCCUGACGUCUCCUCCCUCCGUGUGUGGGGCUCCAGGGCGUAUGUCCUCAUUCACCCUGCGGACCGCCCCCGCACCAUGGGAAAGCUCGCCUCCCGUACCCUCCCCUGCAUCUUCCUUGGUCAUAAUCCCUCCUCACCGGACUACCUCUUCCUUCACCCCCCCUCAGGUCGUUUCCUCCGCAGUCGGGAUGUAGUCUUUGAUGAGUCCACACCCUACUAUUCCACUCCUCCCCCCACUGACCCUCUCGCCCCUUCUCCCAGGCCCCUCCACUGGUCCGACACUAUCCCACCCCCUCUUCUCCCUCCCCCUCCCAUCCUCCCCCCCGCUCCGCCUCCUCCAUUCCCCGCCGCCUCGGCCCCUAGUGCUCCCCCCUCCUCUGGUGACAUAUUUGACCCUGACCCUUUUUUCCCCCCCGCCUCCCCGUCGCGUGACGCAGUCCUAGGUGCCCCGCCUCCUGUUAUCCUCUCUUCCUCUACCUUGCCUCCUCUCUCCCCUCUCAUGGACCUCCUUUUUCAGACAGUCUUACAACAAAACACUAGCCCAACCCUGCCGUCGAGCUCCAGUACAGCAGUCCCAACAGCAGCAGCAACAGCUGCAGCAGCAGUUCCACCCACCGCAGCAGCACCAGCAGCAGCAGCCGUCACUUCUUCCUCGCCUUCACCCGCAGCAGCAGCAGCGGCGGCAGCAGACGCAGCAGUAGCAGCCGCCUCAGCAGCAGCAGCAGCAGAUGCAUCCUCAGCAGCAGCAGCAGCAGCAGUCCUCCCAUUCAUUUUCCACUCCUCCCUCCUCGAGGACUCCCAUGAGGAGUUCCUCAACCUCCACAUGCAUGAUCCAGCCCGCUACGCUGUCGACUUCUUCGACACCUUCUCUCCCACCGCCAAGCCCGCUACCAUUCGCGCAGUCCUCGACCUCGCUGCUCGCCUCAACAUGGAGAUUCACUCCAUGGACGUCUCCAACGCCUUCCUCCAAGGGGUCUUGCGCGAGCUCAUUUACAUGGAGCGUCCUGCAGGCUUCCACCUCCCCUUUCCUUCCGACUCUGUCUGGCAGCUGCGUCGGCCGGUCUAUGGGCUCAAGCAGGCACCAAGGGAAUGGCAUGCCAAGCUUGCUGCCACCCUCGCCGAGCUUGGCUUCAGCACCUCCCGUGCCGACCCCAGCCUCUUCCUCCGCACCUCCCCCUCCCCCUUCUACAUCCUCGUCUAUGUCGACGAUAUGAUCCUCAUCACUGCCGACUCCGCCGAGCUCGAGCGCGGCCACUACCUGCAGCAGGUCCUGGAGCGGUUCGACAUGGCUCGAGGCACCCCUCAGGUCACCCCUCUUCCUGUUGGGCACCAUCUCACUCCCCUCACCUCCCCCUCCUCCUCCUCCCACCCCUACGCUGAGCUCAUCGGCUCUCUCAUGUAUGCCAUGGUCUCCACCCGCCCUGACCUAGCAUACCCCAUCAGCGUUUUGGCCCGCUUCGUUGGUACAGGCAAGCAUGAUGCCGCCCACUGGCAAGCGGCCAAGCGUGUCCUCCGCUACCUUCGGGGGACCAAGGACUACGUCCUUACCCUUGGCGGCCCCUCCCCUCCCCUCCUCACUGGCUACUCUGAUUCCUCCUGGGCUGACUCUAGGCCUGACCGCCGCUCCUCUCAGGGCUAUGGCUUCUCUCUUGGCAGCGGCCUCAUCAGCUGGCGCUCCACCCGCUCCUCCUCCAUUGCCCUCUCCUCCUGCGAAGCAGAGCUGUAUGCCGCUACCAUGGCUGCGCAGGAGGCCCGCUGGCUCUUCUUCCUUCUUGAGGAGCUUGGUGCCCCUCAGCGCUGUCCCACCAUCUGGUGCGACAACGCCAGCACCAUCCACCUCACGAAGGAUGCUGUGUUCCACGGGCGCUCCAAGCACAUUGAGCUUCGCCACUACUUCAUUCGCGAGCUUGUGCAGGGUGGCCACCUCCAGCUGGGCAAGAUUGACUCUGCUGCCAAUCUUGCCGACAUCUUCACCAAAGCCCUCCCCCACGCCGCCCACUCAUCCCUCCUUCGCCUUCUUGGCCUCGCUCCCCCGUUCCCUCAUUAGGAGGUGUAGUCAUUAUAAUUAUU